UCACUAAUACGCACCCAUCACUGUUCCCUGCACUGCAAUUCCUCAGCCACAGAAACAUCACGCAAAACUCAACACACUUGUCCUACCUUCAUUAGCGCCGCCACUACUCACAACCAGUCACCCCCAGCUCCUAUAAUCGACACGUGCCCGUUCCUUACCCACGUUUUCCGGUGCUCAUUCACACGGACUUCCCUUCACUUUCCACCCCCAAACUUUUUGCCACCAAAAAGCACAAAAAGAAAAUAAUCAUUUUAUUAUUUAUUUAUUUAUUUUGAUUAUUACAAGCCGCUGUUCCUCCUUAUUCGGUCUCCUAUUGUUUACUGUGAAUAACGGAAUAUGUAAUAAGUGCUUCUGUAGUCCAAUCAAUGGUGCCUCUGAAAACCCUAGCUAGUUAGCUACCUUUCGCCGCCUUGCCUUUGUCCACAGCACGAACCGCAUCUUUUGGUUUUUUUGCAUGGAUCAUGUUUAUAUGUUGAGUGCUGCGAUUGACUUUUGCUGUGGGAAGGGAAUUUGAAAUUGGAAGAACAGUCAGCUGCCUAAAGGGGUAGCUGAGAGGGAUAGUGCCCUGUGUGUCUGUCACAGAUGGGUGAAGAGGGCCUGCGUCUUGGUGGGUUUUCAGCUGGUCUGGCAGUGAUACUGAAUGAUGAGGACAAGAAAGAUAAUUCAUCGAAGACUCGGCUUCUUUCUUGUUGUGAUGAUUUGGGUCAUGAAUCUGUGGAGCGAACCCUUGAAUAUGUGUUUGGUCUUCCCAACAGAUCACUCAAUCCAGUGACUGAUCCAAUUGACAGCAACUUUAUCCGCUCCAUCAUUAGGAAUGAGUUCUCUAGGUUUAAUGCGAAAUCCAGGGAUUCAUGUGGUGAAAGAGAUGGGAUUUUUAUUGCUGGAGGUGGAUCUGGGAUUGUUGGCCUGGAAAGUUCCAGCAUAUGUGGUGAUAUUACAAUCAUUAAACUGCCUUUGCUUGUAGAAAGCUUGGCGAAUUUCAGUAGUGCCAGGGCCAAUGUUUGUGUUUGGAAAGGAAAAUGGAUGUAUGAAGUUAUAUUAGAGACGUCAGGUAUACAGCAGCUGGGUUGGGCUACUAUUUCUUGCCCUUUCACCGAUCAUAAAGGUGUUGGUGAUGCUGAUGAUUCGUAUGCAUAUGAUGGGAAAAGAGUUAGCAAAUGGAACAAGGAUGCUGAGACUUAUGGUCAGUCAUGGGUUGUUGGCGAUGUCAUUGGGUGUUGCGUAGAUUUAGAACGUGAUGAAAUACUAUUCUUCAGGAACGGUAAUCCACUUGGUGUGGCAUUCCGGGGGAUACGAAAAAUGGGUCCUGGUUUUGGGUAUUAUCCUGCGAUCUCUCUCUCCCAGGGUGAAAGAUGUGAAUUGAAUUUUGGGGGCCGCCCCUUUAAGUUUCCAAUUGAAGGUUACUGUCCUCUCCAGGCUCCCCCGUGCAAGACCUACUUUGUAUCCAGGUUGCUGGAAUGUUGGUCAAGGCUGUUGGAUAUGCAUUCUGUGGAGAGGUCCGAGUAUUCUUUAGUUCAGAAAUUGAGAAGAGUAAAGAGGUUUCUUUCAUUGGAAGAAUUUUUUCAUCCUGUCUCUCAUGCAAUAGCUAGGGAAUUUUUCUAUGAAUUUGAUGCAGAUGCUGGCAACAAAGAGUACAUGGUUUGGGGUCCAGUGCUGUCUUUCUUGUUUGAUGUGUUUAGAUUGCCUGCACCCCAUGAUUAUUCAAGCCUGGAUAAAGUUGUUGACGUUCUGCUACAAUUUCAAGGUUCACAUUUGCUGUUUGAAAACAUCAUAGAUGCUCUUUCCGGUGGUUGUAAAAUAGCCCCAUUAGUUCUCACUGAAUGUCCUUAUUCUGGAUCAUAUGCUCACCUCGCCUUGGCCUGUCAUUUAUUAAGACGAGAGGAACUUAUGGUGCUUUGGUGGAAGUCACCAGAAUUUGAAUUCAUGUUUGAAGGUUUUCUGUCACAAAAGGCUCCGAACAAACAUGAUCUCGAGUCCUUGAUACCGACUGUUUGGUGGCCUGGUUCAUGUGAAGAUGCAACUUAUGCAGACAAUAUGAUGUUGACAACCACAGCUUUAUCUGAAUCAAUCAGCAAGAUUGAGGAGAAGCACAGGGAUCUUUGUCGCUUAGUGAUACAGUUUAUACCACCUUCAACGCCUCCUCAGUUGCCUGGGUCUGUUUUUAGAACAUUCUUACAAAGCCUUUUACUAAGGAACAGAGGUGCAGACAGAAAUGUCCCGCCCCCAGGAGUUUCUAGCAAUUCAGUUCUUGUUUCAACUUAUUCAGUGAUACUCCAUUUCCUAUCUGAAGGAUUUGAAUUGGGUGACAUCUGUGGCUGGUUAAAGGGCUGCAAAUCAGAUACUGGUUUUCUACAUAGAGGUGGCGAACAAAGAUUCCCUGUUAGUUUGUUAGUGAAAAAUGAUCCGCUUAAAACUGAUAUUUCCAGGCUUGGCGGAUCCUACAGCCACUUAUCAAAAGUACACCCUGUGAUUGAUUAUGAAAUGGAAGUGGUUAGAUGGGACGAAGGCUGCAUGGAUGAUGAAGAAACCAGAGUUACUCAUUCAAGCAGGCAGAAGCCCUGCUGUUGUUCUAGUUAUGAUUCUGAUUUUACAAGAAACUUGAAGGAUCCUGCCAAAUACAGAGCCAAAGGUUCUCGUGGCCAUUGUAGUUCUAUCCCAGAGAGGUCUGCUCAUGUCACUGCUGAAUGCAGUGAGGGCAGUUUGGAAGAUGAGAUAACUGAUAAAUCUGCCUCCAGUGAUCAAUCUGAACCUGAGUAUGGUUACCGACAGAUGCACCAUACAAAAACCGUCUCAAAGGAUAUUGAUAUGCCUACAGCUGCACUACUAGAAGAAGAGCUACUUGAUGUUUUGCUGUGGUUGUAUCAUGUUGGUCUUGCAUCAAAUUUUAAGCAGGCAUCAUAUUACAUGACACAUCAGGCACAGUCAAUCUUACUUUUGGAGGAAACUGAUAAACAAAUAAGAGAAGGAGCCUGCAGUGGGCAACUGAAGCUUUUGAAGGAAGCCCGGAAUGAGUAUAGAGAAGAGGUUAUUGAUUGCGUCAGGCAUUGUGCUUGGUUUCGCAUCUCUCUGUUUGCACGAUGGAAGCAGAGAGGAAUGUUUGCACUCUGCAUGUGGGUUGUCCAGUUGCUGCUGGUUUUGAGCAAUAUGGAUUCUGUGUUUGUCUAUGUCCCUGAAUAUUACUUGGAAGCUCUGGUUGAUUGCUUUCAUGUAUUGCGGAAAAGUGAUCCUCCGCUUGCUCCAUCCACAAGUUUCAUUAAGCGAGGACUUAAUUCAUUUGUUACCUUUGUUGUCACUCAUUUCAAUGAUCCAAGAAUAUCGAGUGCAGAUCUUAGGGAUCUUCUUCUUCAGUCUAUAUCUGUCCUGGUUCAAUACAGGGAGUAUUUGACUGCUUUUGAGAGCAAUGAGGCAGCCACCCAUAGAAUGCCAAAGGCUUUACUGUCAGCAUUUGAUAACAGAUCUUGGAUCCCAGUUACAAACAUACUUCUGCGAUUAUGCAAGGGUUCUGGUUUCGGUUUUUCGAAAAAUGGAGAAUCAUCUUCAUCAUCAUUUCUUUUCCAAAGGUUGCUAAAAGAAGCUUGCACAAAUGAUGAAGGAUUGUUUUCAGCUUUUCUAAAUCGUCUAUUUAAUACACUUAGUUGGACCAUGACUGAGUUUUCAGUUUCUGUUAGAGAAAUGCAAGAAAAAUACCAGGUAGUAGAGUUUCAACAAAGGAAAUGCUCUGUCAUAUUUGAUCUUUCAUGUAAUCUUGCAAGGAUUUUAGAGUUCUGCACUCGUGAGAUUCCUCAAGCAUUCCUGUCAGGACCAGAAACAAACUUGCGGAGGUUAACUGAGUUGAUUGUGUUUAUCUUAAAUAACAUUAUCUCUGCAGCGGAUGCUGAAUUUUUUGACAUGUCCGUUAGACGAAAUGGUCAAUCUCCAGAGAAAGUAAACCGGGGCAUGAUUUUGGCUCCCCUUGUCGGGAUGAUCUUAAAUUUGUUGGAUGCUACCAACUUGGCAGAAUUUCAAGAAAACAACUAUCUCGUGGAUGUUUUUGCAAGCAUGGACUGUCCAAAUACUGUCCAUUAUGGAUUCCAAUAUCUUCUUGAUUUUAACUGGGAUGGUUCUUCUAGUGGGGACGCUUAUGCUGCAAAAUAUGAGCCGCUUGAGAAUUUUCUGAGCCUCCUUACCUGCCGCGUUGUGGAACAACUUGAGAAAGUGGAUUGUGUGGGUGAAACUGAUGCUGAGGAUAGAAUAUGCUGCAUAUGUGUAACAUAUGAAGUGGAUGCCUUGAUUGAACCUUGUUUACACAAGUGUUGCUAUGGCUGUAUAACCAGGCAUCUACUGAAUUGCCAGAGAUGUUUCUUUUGCAAUACAACAGUGACUAGUGUUCGCAGAAUGGAUGAAAAGACGGGCUAAGGAGCUUUCUUUUUUGCAGUUACUUGGCCCCAGGUGGAAGUUGAGCCAGCUAGUGACUGAUUAUUUGCUUCUCCAUAAAGCCGAUGCUUGAAAAGUAGCAUGCGGAUAGGAACCAAAUGUCAAAAAACAGGGUGAACGGUGAAUGGAAGUAGUUGGAAAGGAUUCAUGAUAGAAUAUUAUUCAGAAAAUGGCUAGGUGCUCUUGCAUAAUACUUGAGGUGAAUAUGUGUUUUGGGGGGUUAAUGUGUUGCCAGCAACUCGCCAAUGUGAAUUGUGGAAUUUAUAGGCUACGCCAGAGUGCAUGAUUAUGUGAAAUUUGCGAUGUCAGCGGCAAGGAAAAUCCCCAAGCAACUCUUCAUUGUUCACUGGAUUUGUUUCGAAACUUUGAAUGCAGCCAUUAUGUAGAGUGCAACUGAAGCAAAGCACUAUCCACUAUCCACUCAGGAAACUUGAACCUAAUCUGCAUGUCUCAUCAGACUCUGUUCUGAUUGACAUGUAUUCCAUAUUUGGAUCCGUUGGUCAUUGUCAUACAAGGAAUGUCAUAACAUGGUUGCAAACUUUGACUAGGUGCAACAGCAACUACCAUAUAGGAAGAAAACACCAUCUUCAGGUGAUACAGCAGAUGAGUACUGAAAAGAGCAAAUUGCAAAAAUCUCAAAAGCUUGCACCACCUGCUGGAUAUCAUGCCAUAUCAAUCAUUGGUGAUUUGUAUUAGAGCCCAGCGCUGAGAAGCUUGGACUUCAAAAUCAGCCGAAUGAAAUCAUUGUAAAGAGACGUAAGAUUUCAUGCUGGUAGAUUUAGUUGGGAUCAAAUCACCUACUAUUUGUAGAGCAUAAAUUUUGACCAAUUCAAUCAUUUAGUUAUGCAUCCUUGGUUUUAGUCAGAGUCUUCAAUUUUGUAAAAUAUAAAUGAUAGUGUAUAUCUUUAUUGAUUUAUCAUAUCAAAUUAGCUUAAAU